AUGAAUCCUCUUAGUAUAACAGAAUCCAUUAUCGACAUUAUCGGCGGUGUCAGCGCAACUUACAGGACUAUCAGGCCGAUCAAAGGGCUACCUGAAGCGUUUGACGUGGUUCAAUACCACCUUCCUCUCGUUCUCCGCACUCUAUGGAUUGCUCAAGACACAUUGUAUGAUGACCACGAGAUCAUUGAAGAUGAAAGAAACAAUGUUGUAGCAAUCCUUCAGUCUAGCCACAAUCAGGCUCAGGAGCUGCUGAGAGUCUUUGACAAGGUCAAGAAAGAAUGUGAGAAUGACAAGGAUGCGAAGGAAUGGGCCCAAAUCCGCAGUGUCUACCAUGAAGCGCUACGUGGCAUGGAAGGCUCGACAGUUGAACAGCUUAUGAAGGACAUCUUGGGUGGCAUGAAGAAGCUCGCAUCGAGUCAGAUUUUCAAAAGAGUCUUACAACACAACAUGGAGACGCUCGAAGAGGCUCUUGAGGAAGCCAUCCGCUAUAUAUUGAAAGUGGAGCCAUCACUGCCCGACUUGGAAUUCAAUAACGAUGAGCGAAUCUUUACGUCAGAACAAGAUGCUACUGGAGUUAUCCUGCAACAGAAUGGUUUGCAAGAGAACACAUGUAUGUUCGAUUCAGGAGCAAUCUGCUUUAAUGAAAGGCACGGGCUCCUCUUUGGUAAGCACUCUUGA